ACAUAACCUCUUCACCAAUUGGGCAGCCUUCCAGAGGAAAUUCCUCGAUAGGUUUGAUCACAUCGCUCCAGGUCAAUGCCUCCGUUUAAUAAAGGAAUACACGCAGCAGCCUCGGGAGACCUUGGCCAGAUAUGCUGAACGUUUUAUGUACUUAGCCGAACGCUCCGGCGUGGACGAGAAAAUGGUACGGACUGAUUUCGUCAGAGGACUGUCAGAUUCUCGUCUACGGAAAAAGAUCUGCAAGAAAUGCAACCCUAUAGAACAUACCCUGACGGAGCUAAUUCGGUACGCAAUUAAGUACGGGAAAGAAAAUUACGAUGUGGGCCUGGACUCAGAAUCUGACGAAGAUGACCCUUCGGGUGUUCGACGCAAUAGCUACUCCGCUACGGCACGAAUGUUCAAAGAUCGCUUCGGGUUGGGUCUGGCAAAAAAAGGAGUGGAUCGGAAAGCGUCUUCCUCUGCUUCGGCCUCCCGUCGCCCUAGUCAAGCACAAGGAGGUCGGGGUGAGGAAGAAGUGUCCAUGAAGGAGGUCGCGGCCCAAUUAGUUACGGUAGUGGCCCCGUUGACGGAGUUGGUUCAGAGCCUGCAGCGGCAACGCCUAGCGGCCACACAACGACAACAAGCGGCUAUGGCCGCCGGGGCCCCUAUGAUAAGACCGGCCGUGUCCGGCGCUGUCCAGUCCCUACGCUGUUAUAACUGCAAUCAGCCAGGUCACCUUGCGAAAGAUUGCCCGAAACCUCGAGCUCAAGGGGGGGCCGCUGGGCCUUUCCAAAUCCCUCUGGCUGCUCCAACCGCUGCAGGACAGGGGAGGGUGGCCACGGUGAUGGAUACCGGGGCAACGGAAAUGGUGAUCCCUGCGGCCACCGAGAUAGGGCCCGAGGAAUACAUGGCUGCGGCUUUGUUCGAAACCGGGACCAAAGGAGUGAUACGUCACGUCCAACGAAUUACCGAGGAAUGCGACCUCGGGCCGUGGCGACAAGGGUUCGAAGACCUUGCGGCGCCUGGCCCUGCAUACAAGGACGGCCACAUGGACGUAUUGGAUGCCUUGAAGGCUCUGGAUCUUCGGAUCCCCUUGCCUGGCCGGGAGACGACCCGAGUAUUCAUUGAGUUCCGCGCGCUCCAGGUGGCACCCAAUUUCGUGCACAGCGUCGCCACCUUCUUUGGAGACUUGACGAUCCUACGGCAGCCGAAUCGGGAUCGAGCGCGCAGCUUUGUGCGCGAAUACGCGGUGGAAGCGGCCAGAUCAGUGGCCAGGUUGCAAGGACGGGGGGGACACCGAUUCACAACCCACGAGGUGCUGCUGCGUAGGGCAGAGGACGGACCGAUUGCGUUGGUGCCACAGCUCCUUGCCCUUCUCCGUCCCGCUGCUCCUCUCAACUUUCAAGCUAUUCCCCCUAUCCCGUACUUAAUGCCUCCCUUCUUCUCCUACACCACCCUCCCCUACCAGCUCACGGAGGGCCCUUAUCCCAUGCGGGAGUUCUCGGAGUAUUUGGUAGAGCUAACUGACGUGGAGCCGUUGCCCUUCGCCGACGAAGACGCGUGGGAGUUGCACCGUGCGCUGUACAAGUCGGUGGCGCUGGGGAUGUUCCGGUUCUUCGUAGAUCACGAAGACCACUGCAUCGGGGAGCACUUCCUCGUCUACUACGUCAUCACGUGGCCAAGGCCAGCGGAGAAGGAAGGGACGGUCGCGCUCUACUCAUUCGCCCAACUCCAGAUGAUCGAUCCGGGAUUGUUAAGGCUCGUACACCUUGAGCUCCUGUCCAUUGCGCAGGUGAUCGCGAGCAAGGAGGAGGAGAUCCAACCGCGAUUGCGGACAGCGACGGCCCCACGGAGAACGUACAACGUGGUCGUCAUCCCGGAUUACAUUGCGCAGCGCGCGGAGAGAUUGGAGGACUUCCCAUAGGAAAGGCCGUUGCGGCCUUCCUCGUCGUAUCCUCGACCGGCGCCACCGAAGGCCCCCCAAGUG